AAAAUAAUGAUUGCAACCAUCAACAACCUCACCCACGCGGUCUUUGUUUCUACAGAUUGUCCACACUUAAAUUUCAGAUUCACAUAGUCGCUAUCGCAAUAACAAUUUCACUGGUCGGUCUUAACACAGAAUAUUGUCAACAUGGCUUCCGCCCAUCUAGAAUACAUCGCUGCGGGAGGCAACAGACAUCCAUGUGCAGCAGAUUGGAGCGAAGAGUUACUAGCAUACGGAAGUGGUCACAAUAUCGCCAUCUGGAGACCGGAGAAUAACAAUCACAAAGGCGUUGAAACACUGCUUGCAGGCCAUACCGAGAUUGUGAAUGCAGUCAAGCUAUUCAGAGAUCCGACAUCAAAGAAACGAGUCUUGAUUAGUGGAUCUGCUGACAAGACCGUCUGUGUGUGGAUCGAGCAGAACAACGCCUCGUUCGAACUUGUAAAGCGUUUGACAGAGCAUACUGCCUCUAUCAACGUGAUUGGUCUUCUCCCGGAAGCUGGAGUCUUUGCGACUGGCGCUGCCGACGCCACAUUGAAAAUCUGGAAAUUGCGCGUGUCUGAGAAUGCAGACGUUGAGGCGGAUCUCAUCCAAAACAUAAACCUCACUCCCAGGUACUUCCCUCUGGCAAUUGCACUAACAAAACUGCAAAGUGGUCAGCUCGUCAUUGCUGUCGGCGGUACCACAGCAAAUAUUCAAAUCUAUCUCCAGGACAAGGACAAGGAUACAUCUUCCCUCGCAGCCAAGCUUACUGGCCAUGAAGCCUGGGUGCGAGCAUUGGACUUUACACGCGAGAGUUCGAAGCCUGAUAGCGAUUUCCUCCUAGCAUCUGCAAGUCAAGACAAGUACAUUCGUCUAUGGCGCUUCCACGCAGGUACUGAACUUCCUGAAGUUGCAGCCGCAGCAAGCGACCCUGCAAUGACUGUGUUUGGCCGCUCUUUGUCAAACAAAGCCCAUUGGAUUGGUGAAGGAGAUUCGAAGCACUCGAUUACCUUUGAGGCACUGUUGAUAGGACAUGAAGACUGGAUCUACACAGCUCGUUGGUUCACAAAGAAUGUCGAGGAUGCCACUCCACAGCUCCUGUCGUCAUCAGCAGACAAUUCACUAGCAAUGUGGGAGCGCGAUGCUGAUGGUUUCUGGACAUGUGCCACAAGACUUGGUGAAAUCAGCGCACAGAAAGGUUCGACUACAGCAACAGGAAGCACGGGUGGUUUCUGGAUCGGCCUGUGGUCUCCCUCCGGCCAAACAGUCGUCAGUCUUGGCCGUACAGGAAGCUGGCGCAUGUGGUCCUACGAUAAUAAGGAGGAUCGCUGGCUACGCGAACUGGGCAUCUCAGGACACGUCCGCUCAGUCAAGGACGUCGCAUGGUCAAACGACGGUACCCAACUCAUGUCCACCAGCUCCGACCAAACAACCCGCCUCUUCUCACAAUGGAAGCAAGAAACCGCGCAUACCUGGCACGAAAUGGCACGCCCGCAAAUUCACGGCUACGACCUGAACUGCCUCUCUGCGAUUGGCACAACCCAGUUCAUCUCUGGCGCGGAUGAAAAACUCCUCCGUGUGUUCAACAAGCCCAAAGCCAUAGCUCAACUUCUCGCCAAACUCGGUGACACAGCUGAAGAUGCCGAAGACGCAGACUUGCCCGAUGCCGCGAACAUGCCUGUAUUGGGGUUGAGCAACAAAGCCAUCAACGCUUUGACUGCAGAAGAGGAAGCGGCCGCCGAACCAUCAGAAGAAGUCACAAUCACGAAAUCAACCUUGGAUCUCGCACACCCACCUUUCGAAGAUCAUCUCGCUCGCCACACGCUCUUCCCCGAACUUGAGAAACUGUACGGUCAUGGUUAUGAGAUUAGCUGUGUAGCUGCCUCGCAUGAUGGAAGCUUGGUCGCUACGGCUUGUCGUGCUAGUUCGCUCGAUCAUGCCGUCAUCCGUCUUUAUGAGACGAAAGAGUGGAGAGAGAUCAGACCUGCAUUGACUGCUCAUUCACUAACCGUCACUUGCCUGUCCUUCUCACCGGACGACAAGUAUCUGCUCAGCGUGGGACGUGAUCGUCAGUGGGCCUUGUUCGCUCGCACCGAGGGCACGAACUACGAACUCGCAGCAUCUAAUCCCAAGGGCCACAGCAGAAUGAUCCUCUCCUGCUCCUGGGCACCUUCCUCUUCCUCUCACAUCUUCGCAACAGCUGGCAGAGACAAGAACGUCAAGAUCUGGCAAGUCGCCUCCGGAGAUGGCGUCAAUGCUGAAUGCAACCUCACCAUCCCCACCACCGCUCCCGCAACCUCGGUAGCUUUCUACACUGGCUCUCUCGCCGCCUCCAACACAAUCAUCCUCGCCGCAGGCACAGAAGAAGGCAAUAUCGCCAUCUCUGCCAUCUCAACCGACGAUUGGACGCUUAAAGAACAAUACCAAAUUACCAAGCAAAUGCUGCCAUCCUCCGCCAUAAAUGCAUUGAGAUGGAGACCCAGCGUCAACGAAGAGGAGGAAAAGCAAGCGCAAUUGGCUGUCGCCAGUGAAGAUCUAUCUGUCCGCAUUUUCGCUUUUGAGAUCUUGCCCGGCGCCUAAAAAGGGGGAAAAAAGUGUCACUUAAAAUCUUUUUCCAAAACUUUCGAGAUGGUAGAAGCAACAAGAAAGAUAUGGAUCGCGGUUUUCGACCCUAGAUAAAAUCAUAUUCAUGUUUGGGAUGGCUACAUCUAUAUUGUAAUGCCCGUGCUGAGUUGUAAUAUGC